AUGGACCGUCGAGAGUCUACCGCGUCGCAGGAGACCUUCACAUCAUUACAACAACUCGACCCUUCUCCUAUUGAAUCACCGGAAGAGGAUCUCGAGAAACAACUGGGAGAGUUACCACGUUCUGUGUCGCCGCCCAAAACUACUCACUUGGGUUUGAGCGGCAGUGGCCAACAUGGCACUACAUACUACCUAACUCGAUUGCAAAAGUAUUCCUCAUACGCAUUUACAGUAUUCGCUUCAUUCCACAUUACCAACACCUCCAUAAUACCACUUAUAACGGGCUCCGUCCCUGCUUCCGAAAAGUACCUCCUCCUCACGCGCCCAUACUACCAAUCCUUUCCUCUCGAACCACUACUCAUUACCCUUCCAAUCGCAACACACAUUCUUUCAGGACUGGCUCUAAGAAUUCAGCGGCGCAAUGCCAAUCUCAUUCGAUAUGGAGCAGCAAACUUGCCAAUAAGAGCCAGGCUAGAGCAGAGAUUACAAGUGUGGCCUACAGUGUCGUGGAACAGUCUGUCUGGAUAUGUGCUUGCGCCAUUGGUCAUUGGGCAUGCUCUAGUAAAUCGCUCGAUUCCUUGGAUAUACGAAGGAGGCUCGGAGAGUGUAGGACUGGGCUACGUUAGCCAUGGGUUUGCAAAACACCCAUUUGUAUCAUGGGUGUCUUACGCUGCUUUGGUCAGUGUGGCGUCAGCACAUUUCGUAUGGGGUGCUGCCAAAUGGAACGGAUGGAUACCAGUAGGAACUACAAAGAAAGCGAAGCGGAGAUGGUGGUCCAUCCACGCGGUGACGGUCGCCGUUGCGACACUAUGGAUGUCAGGUGGACUGGGUGUUGUUGGCCGAGGUGGGCUGGCGGAUGGGUGGAUAGGAAACAACUACGAUGCAUUAUACUCUAAGAUCCCUUUGGUCGAGUUUUAA